CUCUUUCCUUCUCCCCUUCCACUUGCCCUUCAUUCUUUUCUUCACUCAACUUACUCCACUUUGUCUUCACAUUCGUCUUUUCUUCGGUCCUAACAGUGCUCCAGUGAAAAAAAAACCAAAAAAAAAAAAAAAAACUAUGUCGUUUCCAACAUACCUCGGAAACAGUGCUUUCUGGAAGACUUUCUUCACCCCAGACCGUUACUCCUACGACAAGAUCCCAGACCUCAGUGGCAAAGUCGCCAUCGUGACCGGUGCCAACGCCGGUAUCGGAUAUGCCAUCACUGUUGGACUAGCCAGUCGCGGUGCUCAUGUCAUCAUGGCUUGCCGAUCAGAGUCCAAAUGCACCAAAGCAAUGGCUGAGAUCCGGGAUGAGAUUAAAGCAAAGUUUCCAGAUGCGCCCAAGGAUGUUCAACUGGAAUUUCUGGAGCUGGACUUGAAUGACCUGAACAAGGUCAAGGCCGCUGCGGAGACAUUUCUGAGCCGAGGGCUGCCGUUGCAUAUCCUAAUCAACAAUGCCGGCAUCAUGGGGACACCUUGGAGAUUGAGUGCGGAUGGAAUCGAGGAGCAGUUCGCUGUCAACUAUCUUGCUACAUUUGUUUUCACAAUGGGGCUUCUGGACAAAUUGAAGGAGAGUCAACCAUCGCGUAUUGUCCUUGUAAACUCCGUUGGACAUGAAAUGUCCGUAUCUGGAGGCAUUAACAUUGAUAGGAUCAACGACGAGUCCGAAGGGCACCCAUCAGCUCGCUACGGCCGUUCAAAAUUCGCCAGCAUGCUGUUCAUGAAAUCUCUCACCCGCCGCCUUGCAUCUGAACAAAUCUAUGUCAACUCUGCACAUCCCGGCAUCGUUGAUACCGAGAUGUGUCGUCAUUCCGCCGACGCCUACGGAUGUUUUCUCACACAGAUCAUGCGCCUAACCGCAAAGACCGUGGCUUACACACCGGCAAAGGGAGCACUCACACCGCUGUAUUGUGCAACGAGUCCAGAGAUCGAGGAAAAGGCCGAGAAGGAUUCGGAUGUGAGCGGAAUCAGGGGCAAGUUCUUUAUCCCAAUUGCGAAUGAGUUGCGACCAAGCAAGUUAACAGAGAGCGUGGAGUUGCAAGAAAAGGUGUGGGCGUAUACAGAGAAACUGAUAAGCGAGAAACUGAACAAAAAAUACGAUUUCUCAACACUGAUGGCCGCCGUAUAGCGGGAUGAAUGUAAUUGUUCGUUUAAUAAAU